ACUCACAACAAACAUGGCGGACGGUACGUUCAUUGUUCACCAUUGAUCGGUUUUUCCACCCCCAUCGGUUUUUAUACUAGCUCUUCCUUCGGUUGUUGUUUUUUCACGUCCUGGUUGAGGACCACACAAGAGCACGCAGAGGCGGAACAGACAAUGGAGCAUGCUUCUCAGGCGGCAGAGAAUCCACAUGCAGAAUUCGGCUUAACAGACAACAUCCAGAGGACACUGGAGCAAGAGAAGACGGCAAACAGCGAAAAAAUGGCUAAGAACAAAGUGAACCUGCAGGCGCUACCCACCCGGGCUUACCUGGACCAGACCGUGGUCCCCAUCUUGCUGCAGGGCUUAUCUGUGCUCGCCAAGGAGAGGCCGACAAACCCCAUCGAGUAUCUGGCCGCAUUUCUUCUCAAGAACAAAUCCCAGUUUGAUGAGCGAAAUUGAAGCAUUCUCCAUGUUGGACAUUUCUCAAAUAAAAAUCACUCAUACUUUUAAGUUGUCCAAAGAUAU